AUGCGCUUGUCGCUCAGUACGGGCCAUGAUGCGAAAGACCUCGCGCCGCAUACCCCGACCUCGAUGUCGAGUCUGACGCCCCCGGUUACGCCGAUAGCAAAGGAUGCCAACGACCCAGAACGAUCGAUCCCAAGCCCACUGGAAGACACCGUCAGCGAGACAAGCGCCUCCCUUUUGAAUUAUCGCGCAAUUGAUACUCCACUUCGUUUCACCGAUGAUCUAGAGAUAUGUCAUGGUCAAGAUGGUCGCCCGGUCGAGUUUGGCCGUGGCGCUUGGAGUAUAGUAUACAAGGCACAAUCUGCGGCAUCCCCGGCGGGCCCGAUCUACACUCCUCCAAGUUCACCCAUCAUUCCCAGCCGAGUGUUUGCAGUCAAGGCUCCGUUGCGCCGGGACGCACAUCAAAUCCUCCAAGCAGAAGCUCUCACCUUGACCCGUCUUAAUUUGACUCCUGGCUUUGAGAACCACGUGGUGCCAUUUUAUGGCCUGCAUUCCGAUUCGAAGGCCCUGGUCAUGUCUCCAAUUCCUCUAGCCCUAUCGACCUAUAUUGAAGAUCAGGCCGAUCUCAUGCGUAGGGGCCAGUCAACCACAUUAACGAUGUUCGACCCCGUCCAGGGCGUCGACUCAUGGCGUGACAUGGCGCGCAAGUUGAUCAGCAGUCUUGCAUGGCUCCAUAAUACAGCGGGAAUCAUUCACGGAGACAUCAAGCCUCACAAUAUUCUGCUUCGUUGCAUCCCGGCCGAGGAGUCCAGUACGGAAGCCAGUGCCUUCCCAUACGAGCCUCUCCUGGCGGACUUUUCCUCUGCCUUUGAUAUCCCCUCGGACUCGAUGGCAAAGCCGGAUCCUAGCCGCACAUCCAUGUCUGCCUUCACACCACCGUUCACAGCCCCAGAACUUCUCUCCCUGGCAUCUUUGAAAUCAGGCGAUGUAGCGCCCACCUCGGCCUCGGAUGUAUUCUCCCUUGCUGCAACUUUAACUGCGGCUGCUACGGGUGACUUGCUGUUGUACCCAGGAUCCAGCUCCAUGCAGCGCCUGGCUAUGGCGCGCGACGGCCACCAAAUCCUCGAAUUCACGCGGGCUGGCUUGAAUGGCUGCCGAGUGCCUCGCAAAGGUGGCGUGGAGAAGCUGAUUCUUCCGGCCGUGGCCAAGGAUCCGACGCGGCGGAUUUCAACCCAAGACUGGCUUGUCUUAGCUUCAACUUAA